GGCAGGGCAGGUUGUGGUAGCGACAGAUGUCUUGCUGGCUGUGAGUGAGGCACGGAGGGGAGCGCGCAGAGCAGAGCAGAGCAGAAACGCACGGGCUCAGAUUGGACCUCAGGGAGCGAGCAAGAACGGGCGCAGCUGUCAGUCGCGAGCUUUCCUCCUCAAUUCAAAGCUAUUCUUCUUACAGAGGGGGAAGAACAACCAUCCGACUCUCCCCACCACACAGCUUUCAAGGGAUCAUCUCCGCAGCAAAACAGAACUCACCAUGGGAGCAAAGCUGAGCAAGAAGAAGAAGGGCUACGAUGUCAGCGACCCAAAGGAGAAGAAAGAGGAAGCGCCAGCCGUGACUCCAGUAGAGCAGAAGGCUGAGGCGGCAGCAACCGCCGAGGCUGCGCCCGAACAAGCUGCUGUAGUCGCCACCACUGAGGCUGCAGCGGAACAAGCUGCUGUAGUCGCCACCACUGAGGCUGCAGCGGAACAAGCUGCUGUAGUCCCCACCACUGAAGCUGCAGCUCCGGUGGCAGAAGAACCGGUUGCUGCUGCUGCUGCUGAGCAGGUAGCCGAGACAAAGGAGGAACCUGCAGCCGCUGCACCAGAAGAACCGGCAGUAGCACCGGCAGAACAAACUGCAGCGGCCCCUGAGGAACCUCCCGCGGCGGCACCUGAGGAACCUCCAGCGGCGGCACCCGAGGAACUACCCGCUGCUGCUCCAGAGGUACCAGAACCCACACCAGAGGUACCAGAACCCACACCAGAGGUACCAGAACCCGAACCAGAACUUGUAGCAGAGGUGGUGGUAGUGGAGCAGGUGGAAGUUGUCCAAGAGGUCGUCGGUGGGGUUGAAGUCGCAGAUGUGUUGGUUGAGGUCACGCAAGUCACAUUGGCUGCUGCUGCUCCAGAGCCUGAACCUGAGCCAGAAGCUGAAGUAGAGCCAAAACCAGAACCACAGACUGUCACUGAGCCAGAGGAGUCAUCCACAGCAGCUCCAGAGCCAGAGGAGUCAUCCACAGCAGCUCCAGAGCCAGAGGCAGAACCUGCAGCAGCUCCUGAGCCUGAACCCGAGCCCGUGGCAGAAGCAGAAGCUCCUGCAGCCUCAGAACCAGAGAGCACAGAGUCCACAACAGAAUUAGUUGCGGCCCCUGCAGUUGAGGUUGAGGCCCCUGCAGUUGAGGUUGCGGCCCCUGUAGCUGAGGUUGAGGCCCCUGCUGCUGAGGUUGAGGCCCCUGCCGUUGAGGUUGAGGCCCCUGCCGUUGAGGUUGCGGCCCCCGCAGCUGAGGUUGAGGCCCCUGUAGCUGAAGUUGAGGCCCCUGCAGCUGAGAUUGAGGCCCCUGCGGUUGAGGCCCCUGCAGUUGAGGUCCCUGCAGUUGAGGUUGAGGCCCUUGCAGCUGAGGUUGAGGCCCCUGCAGCUGAGGUUCCAGCCGAGCCCAUCCCAGAGAUCGUCAUCUCAGAAUCUGCAUCCACCAACGAACUCUCCACCGAGGAGCCUGCAGCCGCAGCUGCCCUGGAAACAGCACCGUCGCCCAGCGAAGAGGCGCCGGCCGAGGAGAGGCCCCUGGAUAAUGGAGAGUGUAAAAGCGCCCCAGAGGAAUGUGCCGCGCCCGCCGACGCACCAGCGGUGAACGGCGAGUGCCAGGAGGCAGCGGCCCAGCCCACAUCGGAGGAGGAGCCGAAGGCGGUGGAGCAGCAGCAGCAGCAGCAGGAGUGUGUGAACGGCGUGGCACAGCCUGAGGAGGAGGAGCAGGCCCCUCAGGAACCCCCCAGUGACUGUGAACUCAAAAAGGACUUGAGCCAGGUGGUCGAUAUCCUGAUCCCAGAUGCUGUGAACGACCUUGCGGAGACCAUAGGCGCUGCAGUAAGUCAGACGGUCGACUUAGUCUGAGAAACUAACGUAUGGAAAGAAACUAAAUGAUAACAAAACAACUGUGAAUCCUGUUUUAACGAUGCAAACAAAAAAAAAAAAGAAAAAAGAACACACCAACCAACAGAAUGAGAAUACGAUAAAUAAACACCUCCUUGCAACACAGGCCUCUGAAAAUAAAGCAUCAAGCAAGCCUGUUGCAGUAACUCAGGCAACGGAAUUUAUGGUUAGCCAAAAAUAAAAGAAAUGCAACCACUCGAGAGCUGAGAGUGAGGGUGAGUGUGAAGAAGAGCGGACUGGAGUGAGAUUUGAAUGAGUGAAGAAGAGUGAGACAGAGUGACACGGAGUGACACAAAGGGCCAGAGGGGAAGCGCCAGUCUUCAGAGCCGGUAGGCGAGGGCUGAGAGGCUGUCUGUGCUAGCAGGUUCAGGGGAGACGAAUGCCGGAGAAAUUUAGCGAGAUGAAAACGGCGAAGGAGAGCGAGAGAGAGAAAAAAAAAGGGGUAAAACUGGACUGCAGAACAAAAUACUGGACAUUAACAAACUAUGAAUGGAAUGACUUAAGUCUUGUCUUUGUGUGUGAGCCUGAUGAAUAUUAAGACAAAAAUGUUUUAUUGGAUUAGCAUUUAAUAGUAUAUAAUCUAAUUUUGACUUUCACAUAUUUUUUCCGUAACUAUGUAUAAACAAGAUUAAAGGAUGAGACCGCGCUGCCCUCUCUAUAACAGAGGAAGAGGCAGUGAGGAAGGAAUGUUCAUUUUAACUUGAUGGCUUGGCUUAGUAAAUAAAGAGACUGUUAUACCUUAA